AUGGUCCACCUAUCAGGCCAUCACCAUGACGGUUCAGCCGGCGACGGGGACGGCAUAGUUCAGACCGCCGCUCAGGGUCGCCGCGAGGAAGCCAAGAUCGUGGAGGAGACUGCGAGACAGGGUGUCGCGGUCCAUACCUUCAAUGCAGACGCGACGCCGGAGCAAAAGGCUGCUGCGGCUGGUCAUAAGAUUGGGACGAUGGAUAUGAGUGCAGUUCAGCAGGGGACGGAGGGGAGGGGCGUUGUUAGUGAUAUGGACUUGGCUGCCCAGCCUGAAGUCGCAAUGCCCCCACCGAAACCCAUCGAUACUGCCGCUUUGUCGGCUGAAGCGGCAAUCACACAUACAGUCCGCCCAGACACCUCCAAAGCCGACGCCCUCGAUGCCGAAGUAGGGUGGGACGCAGUCGGCCGCUACAACUCCCUCUCCGGCCGCGGCCUCUGCAAACCCACUGAAAAAGAACUCGCCGCCGCCGCUACCGAAGACGAAGGCCUCGGUUUCGAAGGCCUGGAAAAGAAAUAUGGCGAUGAAGCCGAGAUCGAUGAGGAGAGUACGUGGCUCGAGAAGAACUUGUCGGAUGGGACGUUUGGGGAGUGGUGGCAUAAUGCCGGGAUUAUCUUUUUUUCGGCGUUCGCGGGGUGGUUUCUGGGGUUGGUUGGGGGUGGCAUCGGGGGGUUGUUGGUCGUUGUUGCAGUUGGGAUGACUUAUUAUCGUACCUCCGUUCGCCGAUUCAGGAGGAAUACGAGAGACACCAUCAAUCGCACCAUGGCCAAGGCGAGACUGGAACAGGAUACGGAGAGCGCGGAGUGGAUUAACUCCUUCCUGACCAAGUUUUGGGUGAUUUAUGAACCGGUGUUGAGUGCGACGAUUGUAGGGACUGUGGACCAGGUGCUGUCGACGAAUACCCCGCCGUUUCUGGAUUCAUUGAGGUUGAGUACGUUUACGCUUGGUACCAAGCCGCCUCGUAUUGAGCAUGUCCGUACAUACCCGAAGAGUGAGGAAGAUGUCGUCUUGAUGGAUUGGAAGUUCAGCUUUAACCCGAAUGACACGGAUGAUUUGACGAUGAAGCAGAUGCGGACACGGGUCAAUCCCAAGAUUAUCUUGAGUAUUCGGGUUGGCAAGGGGUUGGUUAGUGGUGCCAUUCCUAUCUUGGUCGAGGACUUUGCGUUUUCCGGAUUGAUGAGGGUGAGGUUGAGGCUCAUUACCGAGUUUCCUCAUGUUCAGACCCUGGACCUCUCAUUCAUGGAAAAGCCUUCCUUCGAUUACAUCUGUAAACCUGUUGGUGGAGAUCGGUUUGGAUUUGAUGUUGGACUCAUCCCGGGGUUGACGACCUUCAUCACGGAACAGGUUCAUGCGAAUUUGGGUCCGAUGAUGUACAACCCGAACGUGUUCACGUUGAAUAUUGAGCAGAUGUUGAGUGGAGCUGGUGUUGCCCAAGCCAUCGGUGUUGUGCAGAUCACGGUUUAUGCUGCCAAAGGGUUGAGAAACCCUGAUCGGUUUAGUGGACAUCCGGAUCCGUAUUGUCGGUUUUCGAUUAACCAGCAUGGGGAGUUGGCUAAGACGAAGGUCAUCCGGGACUCCUCGAAUCCGAGGUUUAAUGAGACGAAGUAUUUGCUUGUUACGUCGUUGAAUGAUGCGCUUACGCUCGAAUUCCUCGAUUUCAAUGAUUAUCGGAAGGAUAAGUUGUUGGGUGUCGCUUCCUUUGAUCUCAAGAAGUUGGAGGAAGACGCAGAGAUGGAGAAUCAGCAGCUUCCAGUGGUGUACAACGCCAAAGAUCGUGGUUCUGUGAAUUUCGAUAUCGCGUAUUACCCUGUACUCAAGCCUACGAAGAAUGAGGAUGGGACGGAGGAGCCAGUGCCGGAGACUACGACGGGUAUCGUGAGGUUUACAGUUCAUCAGUGUAAGGAUUUGGAUGGGAAGAAGAGUGUUGUGGGGCAGUUGAGUCCGUAUGCGUGUUUCAUGCUUAAUGGGAAGCAGAUUCAUAAAUCACCUAUAUCGAAGAGGACGAAUAACCCGAUCUGGGAUGAGUCGUAUGAGAUGUUGAUCUCGAAUCGACCGAAUUGUCGGUUGGGUGUUGUCAUCAAGGAUGAUCGUGAUUUGCAGAGUGAUCCCACGGUUGGGAAAUACCAGAUCUUUUUGAAUGAUUUGUUGAAUACGACGAAGGAGCAGAAGAAUUGGUUUUCGCUUGCUGGGGACAAUGGGAGGAUUAGGUUGAGUGCGGAGUGGAAGUCUGUCUCUAUGCCUGGUGGUAUCCACGGCUCGGGCGGAUAUACUGUUCCGAUUGGAAUGGUCCGUUUGCACUUCAAGCGCGGUAUCGAUUUGAGGAACGUCGAGGCAAAGACGGGAGGCAAGUCUGAUCCGUAUGUGAGGGUGUUGAUCUCGAAUGAUAUGAAGGCCAAGACGACCUGGAUCAAGAAUGAUCUCAAUCCGGUUUGGGAUGAGAUUUUGUAUGUUCCUGUUAGGUCCCAGAAGGAGAAGUUGACGCUCGAGGUCAUGGAUUAUCAGUCUCAUAGCCGUGAUCGGUCGUUGGGGUGGUAUGAACUCGAUUGUUCGCCGCUUAUUCAGAAGAAUGACACAACGGGUGAGUGGCUCGAGUCAGCGCAGCGUUAUGAGGUGACGAGGCCGCUUCUUGAUCAUCGCAAGACUGCGAAGGGUUCUAUUGAGUUUACCGCUCACUUUUACCCGUGCAUGAAUAUUGAGGAUGGAGAGUGGGAUGGAACUGGUGCUGCACAGGAAGCGGCUGAGAAGAAGGCUAGGCAGAUGGCUGGGGAUGUCACUGAGGACGAGGGACCUGUUUCUUCGGUCGUCAAUGGCAGGAGUAGGACAACUACUAUGGAGAGCUUGCCGGAGCCGAGGAGUGAUGUGCCCGCUCCUGUUCCUGGUGCUGGGGCUCCGGCUAUGAAGGUUGAUUCGGUGGUGGUUGUGCCUGGGACUGCGCUGCCGGCUAUUACUGUUGCGCCCGCGGUGCCUGCUCAGACAGCGAACUAUUGGGGUGGUUUGGGAACGCCCGUAAACGAGACUGCUUACACCGUUCCUCCUGUUACUGCAGGUGGGACCGCUCCCCCAUGGAGACCUGCUACCGCUACCGCUUCUGUGCCCGCAACAGAGUCGUCGAUGCCUUCUGCUUAUCCCUCUGAUGACACCGAGGCUCUUCUCGAGCCUUCUGAUCCCUUUGUUGAGCCGACUGCUGCUCAGAAGCAGGCUGCCGAGAAUGCGCACAACUUGGAUGUUACAGAGGCUGAGGCUGUCGUGGAUGCUCAACAGCCUGAUGUGCUCGAAGCCAAUGCUGCUUUGAAUGACGCCAUGCCAGAGCCCUCUGGUCCGCCGAAGAUGAGGAUUACUCCGGAGGAGUUGUUGCAGCAGCCUUCUGGCUUGUUUAUUUUCAACAUUAUGGAGGGACAGAUCAGUGAGAAGGGCGUUUCCCUCCAGAUCACUGUUGACGACAAUGCUUACCCUGCGUACAUCACUGCUCCCUCUCGUAGCCAGCAUGCUAAGUGGGAUGAGGUCGGCGACGCUUUCAUCCGUGAGCUUGAGUUCUCUCGUGUUACCAUGAAACUGGUUCGUGGAGCCGAUGCGGACGGUGAGGUUAUCGCGUCGUUGACAGGUGACACUCUGGAGACCUUGAAGCAGUGCUUGAACAACCCUACAGUCUUGCCACUACAGAGCGUUGAGCCUGGAGUCGUGAAUAAGGUCAAGGUCAGUUGCAAGUACAUUCCCGUCCCGGUCGUGUUGGAUGCUUCCGAGUCCAUCAACAACAGUGGUACUGCGAGCAUCACCGUCGUGUCCGGAAAGAACCUGCCUGCUGCCGACCGUUCCGGCAAGAGCGAUCCUUACGCUGUAUUCUACUUGAACGAGGAAAGGAUCUUCAAGACUCAGACUGUCAAGAAGACGCUUAACCCUACUUGGAAUGAAAACUUCGAAGCCAAUAUUCAGUCAAGGACUGCGGCGAACUUCAGGGUCGACGUGUAUGACUGGGACGCUAACUCCAGGGAUGACUUCCUCGGUUCCGGAAGGAUUGACUUGAGUGAGAUCGAACCAUUCAAGGCCAAGACCAUGACCAUUCCCCUCAACGGUAAAUCCGGCGAGGUCACUAUCAGAGUUGUCUUCCGUCCUUCAUGGGUGGCCCGCACCCGUCGCACCACGACUUCCACCUUCAGUGGAAGGCGUGCGCUCACCAGUGUGGCAACUGCUCCAGUCAAGGGCGUCGGUGCUGCCGGACACGGUCUCCACAAGGCUGGUUCCUUCUUGAAGCACGGAAUCUUUGGCAAGCACAAGGAGGGUUCUCAGGAGGAGCUCCAGGACAACGACGAGCGUGAUAUCGCCAACCUUGCUUUGGAGUCCGGCGGUGGAAUCAAGGGUAACAGCGAAGGCGGUGCUGUUGCCGUUACCGGCGACAAUGCUGAAGUUCCGUUGUCGACUACGCAGAAUGGCAAUGGUGGUAGCUUAAGCGUACCUCAAACUGCUCCCGGGUUGGCUUAUGGUCACAACCCCUCUGCGAGUGCGGCUAGCAAUGCUGAUGGCUACGGCACCAUUCAGGUUGCUGUGUUGGAAGGUUCGGGCUUCUCUGCUAAGGAGAAGGUGCAGGUUGUUGUCCGAACGCCUCAGGGUAAAGACAUCGUCAAGACCAAGGGUCUCAGGGCGUCUCAGCCGCAGUGGAACGAAGAGAACUCUUUCGCAGGUCCCGCCACGCAACAGUUGAUCAUCCAAGCCCGUGAGCAUCACACGCUUGGUGCCGACAAGGACAUCGGUGAGGCAGUGGUCUCCGUAACCGAUCAUCUUGCAGGCGACUUUUGGGUCAACGUCGAAGGAGGUUCGAUGAACCAGAACAGCGACGGUGCCAAGGUCCGCUUGAGGUUGAACUUCAAGCAGCAGACGGAUGCAAGCAGCUUGAAGAGCAAGCAGAGUGCUGACGGAGGUGCUUUCAAGGGUUUGAGUCCGUUCCGCGGAAUGCAGCGGAACAAGAGUAGGAGGGAGUCAGGUUCUUAUGGAAGAGCUUGA